AUGAGUGUGGUACCUCUCGCCCGCUCCGAAUCAGCGGGCGCAUCGUUUGCCACUGAUCUACCUUCCAUCUCUGCCCCGUCCUCCUCGCAUUCCUCCUCGGCAUCCAGCGAUGUCAAGCCUCAUCUCCCCAACGAGCUCCUUCGUCACAUUUUUCUGUACUGCGAUCCUGCUACACUCUACACCACUGUCCGUGCGCUCAACAAGUCUUGGAAGCAUGCUGUCGAGCAUGAGCUUAUCGCUUCGCACUUUGCCAACAACGACUGGCGUGUCGGACUUCGCGUCACUCGCAAGCUGCCCAGUACACUCUCUGACGACGUGAUCAACGAGUCGCAGCGUCAACAAGCAGACGACGACCUAUUCCGACUCAAUGUUCUCAAUCGUCCUGGCGCCCGAGAGCCUUUCGAUAUCAACGCACAGCGUAGGACAGUCACUCACGUCAUUCCGCUCACCUUCAAGGCCUACGAUGCCGAGAAUGUAUCGCUCCGCUUCGAUACUGACUCGACCUGGCACUCGCUUUUCCAGGUAUCUCCGCCUGAUUCCGAUGAAGAGGAUGCUGCACCUACCAAUGCUCGACCUGCACGCGCAAACAACGGCCAGACCGACGACUCGGAAGCCACCGACAGCAGCGACGAUGAUGAAGACACCGAGCAGCACGCUGCAGCGGAAGCCAAUGCCUCUGCCAUCCGUCGACGCGAGCGCCAAGAAGACUUUGGAGCUGCCGCCGCCCGAGCACGCGCUAGAGCAGAGUCGGCUAGGCUCGAGCUCGAUUUUGGCCUCGUCUGGCGCUUUCCAGAUGACGGUCAGGACGCUGAUGUCUACCAGAUCAAAAAGGGCGAUGCCGAAUCAUGGGGCCAGCCUGAUCCUGAGAAUGGCUGGCUGAGCCGCUUCUACUGUUCCAAUUUUGACACGGUCAGCUCGACAAAUCCGUCGAGUGCUCCUUCGGGGACCGCCUCGCCCGCCAUGCUCCAGUCGACCCCGCUCACACGCAGAGUCCGCAGCAGCCGCUUACAUUCAUCUGUUGAGAGGCGCAUGCACGAUGUGGUUGAUGACGAUCAAGACGAGGGCUUCUCGCCAGCUCAAAUGAUCUGGAGCGAUGAGGGUCACGAGUACAUGUCGCUCGACCUUUCGCUCGGCAUGGAGUUCUUUGUGCGACGCUCGGCGCGUGCCAACCAGCUGGUGCGCCGGCUUGAGGCGGCAGCGGCCGCAGCCGAAGCACGCGAUGUGGUGGCUCAGCUUACGCGCAAGCUCAAGAAAGGCAAAAAGUCGGCCAGAAGGUCGGGGCUUUCAAGCCUCAACCCAAGCGCAGCUGGUUCUGUAGCACCUUCGGGAUGCGCGACGCCACUCGAACUGACAAGUCCACCUCCGUCGCGAAUGACCGCCAACACCGAUCCGCGACGCCGCGCGAUGCAGAACGCUCUCGGCAGAGAAGUGCAAAGGAAUGCUUCCACGUCGAGGCUUGCCAGCGGCACUUUAUCACACAAAGGGAAACAAGCGGCCAAGGACGACGAGACAGCGAAUGAGGAGCAAGGCACAAGGACACCGGAGCAGACAGCCUCAGCACCCAACAUGCUGGCGCCGUCCAUGCUGGCUUCGCGAUAUACCUCGGUGGCGCCUUCACGACAAGGCGGUGGAAGCGUAGGCAAUGUCUCGUCAUAUGGUACCAGCUCGCGCGGCGCUGGCAGUGGCAGUCGAGCUGGCGGCAGCAGCGCGCCUCGAGCUACAUUCCAAGCCAGGUUGCUCCGUGCUGAACGCAUGCCUUCGCGACCUUCGACGCCUCCUGCAGCGGGCGAAGAUGAGUCUUCCGACUCGGCGACCGCCAACACGACACCUUCCGACCGAGCUGGCUGGACAGGCGGCGACAAAUUUGGACGAGGCGCGUAUCGUCUAGCACAGGAAUGGUCCGAAGAGCUCGAGUCGGACAAGUUCCAGGAUGCCCUGUCCAACAGUGGCGUCACCACGCCCGUCACUUGGACCUGGUCUAGGUAG